UGUGACUCAUAUCAUUGAAGAUAAUACGUCGGAAGAAUAAUUCCUGUGUGUAUGUGUGCAUGAACGCCUGCGUGUGUAUCCGUAGGUCACAGUGAUAAGAAGUGUAAGGGUCAUGCCUCGACUUGCUGGAAGUUGAUGCGCAUUCGUCGAACUACGAUCGCACAUUAUGGGUCUUACAGAUCAUAACUUCGUAUCCAGACGCGUGCAAGGAACAGGAGGAUUAUUACUUGUAUUCCUACUGUUGAACGCUGGACAUGUCGUGCAAGGUUUAUUCAGGUCCGGGAAGGAGUAUGUGUAUUCUUACAAUGUUGUGUCGAGCACUGGUGUGUUAGUGCCAUCUAACGCAGCCGCGUCUUGGAGUCUGAAAGGAAAACUCGUAAUUCAGGCGGAAGAUAAUGUCGUCACCGCACAGUUACAAUCGUUGAAAACGAGCAUGUGGAACGGAGAGGCGAAGAACAUGGGUGACAACAUUGAUAUCAUCGAUGAUGAUGCCUUGCUGCAACUCUUGAAGCCCUUCCAAUUGUCGUACAACAAGGGUCUGAUCGAGAAUUUCAGCAUCGAGGCUGAACCCGCGUGGGCGACGAAUAUAAAACGGAGUAUAGCCGGAAUCUUUCAAUUGGAUCUCUUCAAUUUGGUAAAGGAAACGUUUCACUCCAGCGAGAUAAAUCAUUACGGCAAAUGCAAUGUCGAUUACAUCGUGAGUCCUGAAGGAGAGAAUCAACGUUUGAUAAGAAAGUCGCUGGAUCCUCGGAUGUGCAUCGGUCAUCCGAAUCGUCACUGGUCGAACGUUCCUAAAGUACAGUGCACCGACGAGGAUCAAAACCCCGUCCUAAAGAGCAGCGAGAGAAUUUACAGAUUGAGAUUUACCGAUGGACUUGCCCGCGAUAUCAUUUUUGUCAACACAUCCGGUGGUAUCUACGUGCAGCCUUUUCAAAGUAUGGGCGAGGCGCACUACCAUUUCGUCGAGCAAACGAUGGAAUUAUUGUCGGUGGAGGAUACGACGAAUAAAAUAGUCGCGAACAAUUUACGAACGACGGUGCUUCAACACGAGCUACCAGAGGCGGAUCUCACACAAGGGAGAGGCACUCCUGACAAAAGUUUUGUCUUUCAGUCUAUAAAUCGCCUGCUGGACCGUUUAAGCCAGAGACUCGAAAAUCCCGGCUUGGACACUGAAAUCCUUAAUUUGCACAACACUACGAUAUCCGUGCUUCUGUACUAUCUCGGUAUGCUGGAUCGCGUGGAUCUGGGAGAAGCGUACGAUCGGCUUUUGGGGACGAGUUACAAGGAGGAAACGAUACGGAAUAUGUUUCUCGAGGCGUUGCCACAGGUCGGAAGUAAGGAGUCUGCGCUUUUCAUAUUGGAUCUUAUUCAAAACAAUAAAGUGUCCGACAUAUCCGCGAUCCAGCUUCUUAUGCAGCUGCCGUUCCACAUCAGGAAGCCGGACGUAUCGUUGCUAGCCAGUCUACAGCCUUUCCUUUUUAUGUCGAAUAAAAUUCCCAGGGAGGUGCAGAACACCGCGAUCCUCGCGUACGGGACGCUGAUAUACAAGACUUGUUUGGCGCAUUGUUCACAUAAGAUCUUGAACGAUUACGUGCGUCUGUACGUCGACAAAUUCAUAGAAAGUACACAGUACGAGCAGAAGAUGAUCUGGCUGGAAGGCCUGGCGAACAUACAAUUAGGCAGAUUCGUCGAAUUUUUUUUGGAGCCUAUAGUCAACGGUAUCAAUAAUGAAUCGAUGAAUCGUCAUUUUCGAGCACUCGCUGCUUGGGCUUCUCUCCCCAUAGCGCCGCUGAGGCCGGACAUUAUCUAUCCUGUGUACUGGCCAAUAUUAGUCAACAGAACUGAACAUUUGGAGAUGAGAGUAGCUGCGUUGACUUUGCUGGUCGUGUCGAACCCUACUCCCAACCGAUUAAUAUCUCUGUAUUGGUACAUGCAAAGCGAAUCCUGCCAGCACUUGUACAAUUAUUUCUACACGAUGUUAAAAUCUAUGGAACGCAGCACGUUCCCUUGUUACAAGCCCAUAGGCAGAAUUGCGGGACAAUUUGGUCGUUUGCUCCGGAAACCGCUGAAUGCUAAGUAUCUUGUUACUGGCAAUUACCUGGUUGACUAUCAAGAUUCCUCCAGGAGAUUCGGUGCUGUGCUACACGGAAUUAUCAUAGCCAACCCCUCGACAAAUAUUCCCGAAGUAAUUUACGUAACUUUGAAUAAUUAUGGCAGUGGAACGCACAUUAAUCACAUAUCCUUGUACGUCAAAGCGCAAGGAAUCUUCCACUCGUUAGCGACUUCUUUCGACAAUCCGACAAAUAUAAGAGAUAUUCUGAAAGAAUUCAAAUUGGACGAGAGAAAGAAGGGCCCCGCGCACUUGGAAGUAAUUAUACGCAUCCAAGAAAAAACAGUGUUGUGCAUCCACUGGAACGAGACAAGCAUCGUCAGCGGAUUGAAGUAUCUGUCCUCUUUGUCGGACAACAUAUAUCGCAUGUACCACAACAUGGAAUUUCAUGUCAAUCAGCAACGUAUCAAUGUGCCCCUGACGAUAGAAUCGCUGCAAAUGACAGAUUUCGGUACCAACGUUAGACUCGCGAUGAUGACAACGACUUUCUUCUCGAUGAGGGGAAACUUUACACGCAAUUUCCCCCAACGGAACAAUCAUGUUAUUUUACGCACGUCUGUUCACGCCAUCGAGACAAUAGAGAAUUACAAUCCGUUGGUUGAUGCGUGGCACAGCGCUCAGAGGAUUCAGUCGUUCCACGGGUACCUUCCUGUCAACAUCAUAUUCGGAUUCGAAGAACGCCUAUUUAUUUCCUACAAUGCUUCAGGAGAAAAUCUCAAGACAGGAAUUACAGCACAUGCUACAACGCUCACUAGUAUUAGAGGCGCUUCUGUGAAAUCAAAAUUGAAACAAUUUUGUCCUUCGUGUCCGAUAACAUAUACAGUGGCUAAAACGCCCAUCUCCAAGACGGAGACGGUGGAUAUUUUUAACAUCAAACUUCCCGAGAUAGGCGGUCAGAUGCAAGUGAAGAUGUUCGAUUGUGAAAGCAUAGUGUCGUACAAAAGUCUGGUUAACGAAGUUUGGUCUUCCCAUCGAAGCAACUAUCAAGCAUGGCCGAGCAUGCAGUUUGCCUUGAUCGGGCUACAUCUCUUAGACUACCUCACUUACAUGCCACCAAAAGGCAGUUGUGGAUUAGCUGCUUACAUCGAGGCACUUGAUCCGACACCGUCGGAGACGAAAUUGGAAUACUCUAGAAACAGAAAUUAUCACAUAGUAUCUUUGACACAUCGCGACUUGGAGUCCUCGCAGAUUCUUCACCAGUGGAGUCUGUUCGCGUUAUAUGAGAGCAUCAGUUCUCUGUCGGAUGUCGUUAAAAUUAAAGCAUACAAAAUCGUUCCUGACGAGCCCAUAUCAAAGUUCUGCGUAGAGGCCGAAAGGCGCACGCCGUGGCAAUGGGAUUUCUUGAGCAACGAACCGAGCGAUCUAUCUCGCAUUAAGUUAAAUAUUGCUUGGGGACCGUCCAACACCACAAAAGGAAAGUGCCACGGAUCCUCUAUAAUAAUGGACUUAAUUGGCGAGGUCAGCAGCGAGCAGCUCGAGGAAAGCAGACAAGCGGAGGGGCUUUACGGCGAGUGCAAAAAGGAAUCCGCGGGGAAAACUUUUAUUCCUUAUACAGACUCUUGUUACGAGGUGUCGCGGGAAUUGUCGACGUUGCGAAGAUAUAAGAUCGUCGCACGCUAUGAAAACUUGCCGGAGAGCUUGUCCAAGUUGGUCUGGAGAAUGUACGCCUUAUACGAUCUGAUCGGUGGGAACAGUAGCAACGCGAGGAACUCCGAUGAACUCGUAAUAACCGCGGUCUUCCCGAAAGAAUCGAACGUGGGUGAACUAGAGCUUAACGGGGACAAAACUGCAAUCGAGUACAACUCGCGCUACGUCGAUCUUUUCUUGACACAAACGAGGAUCCACCAGUACACGGAGAUAUCUUUAUUCAAAAUGUUCUGGAGCACGUGUAUUAUAACAACAGAUUCGAUAAAGACGGCGUAUGAUAUGACCUAUAACUUCGCUAAGAAUAAUAAAGUGAUACUACUUGGGCAAUGUUAUGAUGAGAAUCCCAGACUAGCUUUAACGGCAACCAAUAGUAUGUACGGAAUUGACGUCAAUUUGACUGACGAGUUGGAAGUUACACGGAUCACAGCCGACGAAGAUGGAGGGACCUUAUAUAAUGCUACGUCGUUCGUGCAACUGCAAUCCGAUUACGUAUUUCAUAUAAUGGGAACUAAGAAGAUCAGAAGACAUGAGAAGACAAUCGAUAUUUUGCUAUCCAAUAUCUUCCUAUACAUGCAUUGGAGGCAAGAACAAAUCCUGCUUUUCUUCCCGAAUCAUAUGUUAGACUUCAGUUGUGGAAUAUGCACGCUCAACAGUCCCAACAUUGACAGACUGUACGAAAAACUCUAACUUCGCAGAAGACUUAUGCGCAUAAUACAAUACGAUAAUGAUGUUUACGUUAAAGAAUUUUUGACGAAGAAUUCUUGUGAAGAGAGAAUCAGAUAUUAAAAUAUUGCAACCAAUGCAAAAUGAUUUUCUGUGUUCUGUUGUUUUUAAUAUCUCUUUUUGUUAAAUGUAACGCAAAUAAGGUAAAUAGCCGCGAAAUUAUGUGCGCACCAUGUUAAUACAUGGAUUUUCGGUCGUAUUAAAUGUAAUCGGUCAAUAGUCGAGCUUCAUAAAUCUGUAAGUCAAUAGUCGAACUUCAUAAAUUUGUAAGUCAAAUCAUUCUCAAGUUAGACAAUAACAACAAUCAUUUCUCAAGUUAGUAAAUAUUAUCGACAAGUAAUAAAUGUUAAAUAU